CCAGCCCUCUCCGGGGUCCCUUUUGUUUAACCGUCAAACAUAAGCACCUUCCGAGACCUCGGGGCUUUAGAAGAGAAACAACCGCACCUCGCACCAGGAGCAACUGACCGCACCAGCGCAGCCAUGUCACGGUCCUUCUACGUCGACUCUCUCAUUAUCAAAGACACGGCGCGAGCUGCGCCUCUGAACGAGCACAGUGUGCAAGAUUUCCUCAUACCACUCAGCGUGCACUCCUCCAGCGUGAUGACCGUCACCGCGCCGGCGUGUCCCGCCAGGAAAAGCGGCACUUUCUGCGUCUGCCCGCUCUGUGUCACGUCGCACAUCCAUCCCCCCAGGAGCAGCAUCCCGCUGCUCAAGCCCCAGUUCCCGAGCGGGGAGCCGCAGUACUGCCAGAGGCUGGGGCACCCACAGAAUCCGGCGAUGACACAUCCCGGGCACGCACCUGUCUGCACGCCCACCUACAGCGUCACCGACCCCAGGAGGUACCACUGUCUCUCCAUAGGCUCAACGGAGACCAGUCACAUUCAAAACGGCAAAAGGAUGCGCACGGCUUUCACCAGCACACAACUCCUAGAGCUGGAAAGGGAGUUCUCUUCAAACAUGUAUCUGUCGCGACUGAGAAGAAUCGAAAUCGCGACCUACUUAAACCUUUCAGAGAAGCAGGUAAAGAUCUGGUUCCAGAACCGUCGCGUGAAGCACAAGAAGGAGGGCAAAGGAACCCAGAGGAACACGCACACCGGGUGCAAGUGCGCGAGCGGACACGCGCACUACCCCAGGUCUGAAGAUGAGGAGUCCUUAUCGCCCGCAUCAGCAACGGAGGAGAAAGAGAUUUCCCCCAUCUAAGGGCGUUUAUGCACCGGCUGUGCGCGUCCAGUAGCACUUAGUCCCUCCUACAGACUGUUUAAGCCAGCUAACGCUCGCGCAGGAAUAACACUCAGUAUUAAUAUUACAGUAUAUGCAAAUCGUUUUGAUGCGGAUGGCAGAUUUGUGUUUAUCGGCUCGUCCUGGCGUUCAUUGUUUUUUUUUAAUUUUUUUUAUUUCACGGUGUUUUUAAUAAAAUCGUGAACGUGUUCAUUUUUCGAAAUAUGUCUACGUUGAAACCAUUGUUAAAGCUAGAGAUUAGGGGAGAAAGCAUUGUAUCACAUUGUUUAAAAAAAAUUUUUUUGGGUGGGGGUGGGGGAGGGGGGAGGUGAGACAGGUGGAGGACAGUCCUGUCCGGCGCCUGUUUUAUUAAUUUCAUAUAACUCCUCCAGUAUAUUUCUACACUGUAAGCGUGGCGUGUGUCUUUGGACCAACCCGGUACUGUUGAUAUCCUGACUGCAUACUGUGAUUUUCCGAAUUUAUAUGUUUAUGGCAUUAUAUAAAUGUGUAUAUUUGUAUUUAUUUAAAUAAAAGAUUCGCAGCAUCGAACUGCA